AUGUUGCUGCGACACGACACGAAAAGGGAUACGUCAUCGGCGUACGCGGAAACUUUGGCUCGAGCUCCACGUAGGGCUGGACUGUUCGCCCGUCCCUUAUCCGGCGAAGAAGAGGCUCCAACGCCAAAGAAAAAAAAUUAUCUUUUUUUUUCUUUCUUUCUUUCUUUCUUUCUUUCUUUCUUUCUUUCUUUCUCUUCCCCGAGCAGACCUCCCACGGCUCGUGGUGUGCGACUUUUCAAUGCGACUGCUACAACGACGAUGAUAUUUCUUGAAGUCCUUAUCUCUGACUCGCCACUGGACCGACUCACUGCAACGACAGUCUCUCUUUCUUUCUCUCUCUCUCUCUCUCUCUCUCUCUCUCUCUCUCUCUCUCAACGUCACUCUCGUCUAACGCCCAAGUCUCUCCAACUCAGCAAAAACUCGCGUUUAUAUAGCAAACCGAAGGUUAUAAGCCAGGUUGUUCACGCGCUUAACAGGAGUGUCGCCAUAAGCAAAUUUUAA